UGAAAAGUGUGCUUGCUUGCUUGAAUUUGGAAUUAUCCGAUUCUAGCAAGCAGUUUUGUUGUACAUAUAAAAUAUAGAAGCUAUCGGUUGGAUUCCCUAAGAUGGCCAUCUCAAACGUGAACGGGUUCAACGCUUGGCUGAACGGAAAACUGCGUGAGUUCAACACCGAUGAAAGUGUGUUCGGUUCCUACAUAACCGGAAUUCUGGAAGGCGACGAAAGUGGCGAGGAAAAGACCGAAGCCCUGGAAGGCAUUCUGGCCGAGAUUAUUGUCAGUGAAUCCGAUUUGAAUAACUUCAUCAAAGAAAUACUGGACAAAUGGAAAAGCUGUCAUUCUAGCGAGUCAAAUUCGUCCGCUAGCCAAACGACAAAACUCGACGUGGAUGAGCAGUUAGCCAAACUGCUGGAGAAUCAAAAACUUGCCAAGAAAGUCGAACGAGAAUACACCGAGGAAGAACGACGUAUCAAGGAACAGAUUCUAUCGCAGUACAGCCAGCUCUCUGAAAGUGACCACGAAGAUGCAGACGCCGAGCCUGGUGCCGGUGGCGGCAGUGGUGGUGGUGGUGGUGGUGGAGGAAGCGGGUCGACCGGUGAAAUCGGUGGACUUGCUCGCAAUACUAAUGCAGCCGAUGUGGCUGCCCUAGUGAGGGAAAAGCGAGAACAGGCCAAGCUGGAGAGUCAGCAGAAAAAGGAGAAGGAUCGUCAGGAUCGGGAAAAGCAAAAGCAGCUACGAGAGGAAAAGAAGGAAAAGCGCAAAACUGUCAAAGGCGAGCGACGUCGGUAGCGCCCUUGAAGGAGGGGAAAGCAUUUUGCUUAGAAACUAAUCAGAGUAUCUUUACGAGUUAUCUCCUAUUGUAUUAAACUUACGAAUGUAUUUGCUGGAAUCCAUCAUGCAGGGGUGAUUUCACAAGAGAAUGCAUCGAACGGACGGCUCAGCCUCGAAUAAA